AUGACGAUAAGAUGCCAGAACUACAUCCUCUUCCUUCAUAAGAUAAAUAACUCUAACUUAUAUGUUUGUGGAACCAAUGCGUAUCACCCAACUUGUGAUCAUAUGGUUAUCCAUGGGAUGAACAUAAGCUUGCAAAGAAGAGCUGAAGAGAGCAGAGGAAAGUGUCCGUUUGAACCAACUCUAAAGUAUGCGUCUCUUUUUGUAGAUGGGGAAUUUUAUUCAGCUACUUCAAAUAAUUUCUUGGGAACAGAACCUAUAAUACUUCGCAGUAUGAGAAAUCCUGUAAGAACAGAGUUCAAAACAUCAUGGCUUAAUGAACCAAGCUUUGUCAACAUGGAAAUAGUGCAUGAAAGUGAAUCUAAUCCAAAUGGAGAUGAUGAUAAAAUUUAUGUGUUCUUCACUGAAACAGCUGUUGAAUUUGAAUUCUAUGACAAGCUUCUGGUGUCCAGAAUUGCCCGUAUCUGCAGAGGUGAUCUUGGUGGAAAACGCAUAUUGCAGAGAAGAUGGACAUCGUUUUUAAAAUCCCGCCUUUCCUGUUCCAUUCCAGAAUUAAACUUCCAUUUCAAUAUUGUCCAGGACAUCUUUUUACUUAGGAGGAGAAAAUGGCAGGACAGCAUAUUUUACGGAAUUUUUUCCCAACAAUGGGGAAGACUAGACAUAUCAGCUGUUUGUGCAUACAGUAUGAAAAAUAUUCAGGAAGUCUUCUCCAAAGGAAGCUACAAAGGACCGGUAACUGUGGAACAUUCCCCUGUUAAAUGGAUGGUAUAUAGGGGAGAAGUGCCAGUUCCACGUCCUGGUGCUUGCAUUGAUAAUUUUGCCCGGAGUAUUGGGUAUAAUACUUCCUCUGACUUGCCUGACAAAGUUUUGCAGUUUGUUAGAGAUCACCCUCUAAUGGAUAAUUCUGUAAAUCCAAUUGGUAAUAGACCGGUGCUACUGAAGAGAGGUUCAAACUAUACCAGGAUUGUAGUAGACAGAGUCACUGGCCUAGAUAAACAAACAUACGAUGUUAUGUUUCUAGGAACAGAUGAUGGAUAUUUGCAUAAAGCUUUCAAUUGUGAGGGGGAAAUGUUCAUUGUGGAAGAGAUACAGCUGUUUCUGUCUCCUGCGCCUGUACAAUCUCUCCAGCUGUCUUCUGAAAAGGGAAUGCUGUAUGUAGGGUCCCCAUCUCAAGUGGUGCAGCUUCCAGUUUCCGAGUGCCACCGCUACGAGUACUGCUGGGAUUGCAUCUUGGCAAGGGAUCCCUACUGCGCGUGGUCUCGGUCUGCUGAUGAAUGUGUUCUACUGGCAAAUCAAACUGGUCAUACGAAGUAA